AUGCUGUUGCAGUGCAGUCUCAUCAGAAAAUCAGAAACAGCUGCGCAGAAGCGGCUGCGCAGGAACAGCUGCGCAGAAGCGGCUGCGCAGAAGCGGCUGCGCAGAAGCGGCUGCGCAGAAGCGGCUGCGCAGAAGCGGCUGCGCAGAAGCGGCUGCGCAGAAGCGGCUGCGCAGAAGCGGCUGCGCACAAGCGGCUGCGCACAAGCGGCUGCGCACAAGCGGCUGCGCAGAAGCGGCUGCGCAGAAGCGGCUGCGCAGAAGCGGCUGCGCAGAAGCGGCUGCGCAGAAGCGGCUGCGCAGAAGCGGCUGCGCAGAAGCGGCUGCGCAGAAGCGGCUGCGCAGAAGCGGCUGCGCAGAAGCGGCUGCGCAGAAGCGGCUGCGCAGAAGCGCCUGCGCAGAAGCGGCUGCGCAGAAGCGGCUGCGCAGAAGCGGCUGCGCAGAAACGGCUGCGCAGAAACGGCUGCGCAGAAACGGCUGCGCAGCAGCGGCUGCGCAGAAGCGGCUGCGCAGAAGCGGCUGCGCAGAAGCGGCUGCGCAGAAGCGGCUGCGCAGAAGCGGCUGCGCAGAAGCGGCUGCGCAGAAACAGCUGCGCAGAUGCAGCUGCGCAGAAACAGCUGCGCAGAAACAGCUGCGCAGAAACAGCUGCGCAGAAACAGCUGCGCAGAAGCGGCUGCGCAGAAGCGGCUGCGCAGAAGCGGCUGCGCAGAAGCGGCUGCGCAGAAGCGGCUGCGCAGAUGCAGCUGCGCAGAAACAGCUGCGCAGAAACAGCUGCGCAGAAACAGCUGCGCAGAAACAACUGCGCAGAAGCGGCUGCGCAGAAGCGGCUGCGCAGAAGCGGCUGCGCAGAAGCGGCUGCGCGGAAGCGGCUGCGCGGAAGCGGCUGCGCGGAAGCGGCUGCGCGGAAGCGGCUGCGCGGAAACGGCUGCGCGGAAACGGCUGCGCGGAAACGGCUGCGCGGAAACGGCUGCGCGGAAGCGGCUGCGCGGAAGCGGCUGCGCGGAAGCGGCUGCGCGGAAGCGGCUGCGCAGAAGCGGCUGCGCAGAAGCGGCUGCGCAGAAGCGGCUGCGCAGAAGCGGCUGCGCAGAAGCGGCUGCGCAGAAACGGCUGCGCAGAAACGGCUGCGCAGAAACGGCUGCGCAGAAACGGCUGCGCAGAAACGGCUGCGCAGAAACGGCUGCGCAGAAGCGGCUGCGCAGAAGCAGCUGCGCAGAAGCAGCUGCGCAGAAGCAGCUGCGCAGAAGCAGCUGCGCAGAAGCAGCUGCGCAGAAGCAGCUGCGCAGAAGCAGCUGCGCAGAAGCAGCUGCGCAGAAACAGCUGCGCAGAAACAGCUGCGCAGGAACAGCUGCGCAGGAACAGCUGCGCAGGAACAGCUGCGCAGGAACAGCUGCGCAGGAACAGCUGCGCAGGAACAGCUGCGCAGGAACAGCUGCGCAGGAACAGCUGCGCAGGAACAGCUGCGCAGAAACAGCUGCGCUGGAACAGCUGCGCAGGAACAGCUGCGCAGGAACAGCUGCGCAGGAACAGCUGCGCAGAAACAGCUGCGCAGAAACAGCUGCGCAGGAACAGCUGCGCAGGAACAGCUGCGCAGGAACAGCUGCGCAGGAACAGCUGCGCAGAAACUGCUGCGCAGAAACUGCUGCGCAGAAACAGCUGCGCAGGAACAGCUGCGCAGGAACAGCUGCGCAGGAACAGCUGCGCAGGAACAGCUGCGCAGAAACAACUGCGCAGAAACAGCUGCGCAGGAACAGCUGCGCAGAAACAGCUGCGCAGAAACAGCUGCGCAGAAACAGCUUCGCAGAAACAGCUGCGCAGAAACAGCUGCGCAGAAACAGCUGCGCAGAAACAGCUGCGCAGGAACAGCUGCGCAGGAACAGCUGCGCAGAAACAGCUGCGCAGAAACAGCUGCGCAGGAACAGCUGCGCAGGAACAGCUGCGCAGAAACAGCUGCGCAGGAACAGCUGCGCAGAAACAGCUGCGCAGAAACAGCUGCGCAGAAACAGCUGCGCAGAAACAGCUGCGCAGAAACAGCUGCGCAGAAACAGCUGCGCAGAAACAGCUGCGCAGAAACAGCUGCGCAGGAACAGCUGCGCAGGAACAGCUGCGCAGGAACGGCUGCGCAGGAACGGCUGCGCAGAAACGGCUGCGCAGAAACGGCUGCGCAGAAACGGCAGCGCAGAAACGGCAGCGCAGAAACGGCUGCGCAGAAACGGCUGCGCAGAAGCAGCUGCGCAGAAGCAGCUGCGCAGAAGCAGCUGCGCAGAAGCAGCUGCGCAGAAGCAGCUGCGCAGAAGCAGCUGCGCGGAAGCAGCUGCGCGGAAGCAGCUGCGCGGAAGCAGCUGCGCAGAAGCAGCUGCGCAGAAACAGCUGCGCAGAAACAGCUGCGCAGAAACAGCUGCGCAGGAACAGCUGCGCAGGAACAGCUGCGCAGGAACAGCUGCGCAGGAACAGCUGCGCAGGAACAGCUGCGCAGGAACAGCUGCGCAGGAACAGCUGCGCAGGAACAGCUGCGCAGGAACAGCUGCGCAGGAACAGCUGCGCAGGAACAGCUGCGCAGGAACAGCUGCGCAGAAACAGCUGCGCAGAAACAGCUGCGCUGGAACAGCUGCGCAGGAACAGCUGCGCAGGAACAGCUGCGCAGGAACAGCUGCGCAGGAACAGCUGCGCAGAAACAGCUGCGCAGGAACAGCUGCGCAGGAACAGCUGCGCAGGAACAGCUGCGCAGGAACAGCUGCGCAGAAACUGCUGCGCAGAAACUGCUGCGCAGAAACAGCUGCGCAGAAACAGCUGCGCAGGAACAGCUGCGCAGGAACAGCUGCGCAGGAACAGCUGCGCAGGAACAGCUGCGCAGGAACAGCUGCGCAGAAACAGCUGCGCAGGAACAGCUGCGCAGGAACAGCUGCGCAGAAACAGCUGCGCAGAAACAGCUGCGCAGGAACAGCUGCGCAGGAACAGCUGCGCAGAAACAGCUGCGCAGGAACAGCUGCGCAGAAACUGCUGCGCAGAAACAGCUGCGCAGAAACAGCUGCGCAGAAACAGCUGCGCAGAAACAGCUGCGCAGAAACAGCUGCGCAGAAACAGCUGCGCAGGAACAGCUGCGCAGAAACAGCUGCGCAGGAACAGCUGCGCAGGAACAGCUGCGCAGGAACAGCUGCGCAGGAACAGGUGCGCAGGAACAGGUGCGCAGGAACAGGUGCGCAGGAACAGGUGCGGAGGAACAGGUGCGCAGGAACAGCUGCGCAGGAACAGGUGCGCAGGAACAGCUGCGCAGGAACAGCUGCGCAGGAACAGCUGCGCAGGAACAGCUGCGCAGAAACUGCUGCGCAGAAACUGCUGCGCAGAAACUGCUGCGCAGAAACAGCUGCGCAGGAACAGCUGCGCAGGAACAGCUGCGCAGAAACUGCUGCGCAGAAACUGCUGCGCAGAAACUGCUGCGCAGAAACUGCUGCGCAGAAACAGCUGCGCAGGAACAGCUGCGCAGGAACAGCUGCGCAGGAACAGCUGCGCAGAAACAGCUGCGCAGAAACAGCUGCGCAGGAACAGCUGCGCACGAACAGCUGCGCAGGAACAGCUGCGCAGGAACAGCUGCGCAGAAACUGCUGCGCAGAAACUGCUGCGCAGAAACUGCUGCGCAGAAACAGCUGCGCAGGAACAGCUGCGCAGGAACAGCUGCGCAGGAACAGCUGCGCAGGAACAGCUGCGCAGGAACAGCUGCGCAGGAACAGCUGCGCAGAAACAGCUGCGCAGAAACAGCUGCGCAGGAACAGCUGCGCAGAAACAGCUGCGCAGGAACGGCUGCGCAGGAACGGCUGCGCAGAAACGGCUGCGCAGAAACGGCUGCGCAGAAACGGCAGCGCAGAAACGGCUGCGCAGAAACGGCUGCGCAGAAACGGCUGCGCAGAAGCAGCUGCGCAGAAGCAGCUGCGCAGAAGCAGCUGCGCAGAAGCAGCUGCUAGAAGCAGCUGCGCAGAAGCAGCUGCGCAGAAGCAGCUGCGCAGAAGCAGCUGCGCAGAAGCAGCUGCGCAGAAACAGCUGCGCAGGAACAGCUGCGCAGGAACAGCUGCGCAGGAACAGCUGCGCAGGAACAGCUGCGCAGGAACAGCUGCGCAGGAACAGCUGCGCAGGAACAGCUGCGCAGGAACAGCUGCGCAGGAACAGCUGCGCAGGAACAGCUGCGCAGGAACAGCUGCGCAGGAACAGCUGCGCAGGAACAGGUGCGCAGGAACAGCUGCGCAGGAACAGCUGCGCAGGAACAGCUGCGCAGGAACAGCUGCGCAGGAACAGCUGCGCAGAAACAGCUGCGCAGAAACAGCUGCGCAGAAACAGCCGCGCAGAAACAGCCUCGCAGAAACAGCCUCGCAGAAACAGCCGCGCAGAAUCAGCCGCGCAGAAACAGCCGCGCAGGAACAGCCGCGCAGGAACAGCCGCGCAGGAACAGCUGCACAGGAACAGCUGCGCAGGAACAGCUGCGCAGGAACAGCUGCGCAGGAACAGCUGCGCAGGAACAGCUGCGCAGGAACAGCUGCGCAGGAACAGCUGCGCAGAAACAGCGGCGCAGAAACACUCUAUAGCCUCCGGUUACAGGAGCGUACCUCCAUGUUCAAUGUUUUUUGGGCAGUUGAACAUGUAAAGUUGAAUCCCGAACAGCUGCGCAGAAGCGGCUGCGCAGAAGCGGCUGCGCAGAAGCGGCUGCGCAGAAGCGGCUGCGCAGAAGCGGCUGCGCAGAAGCGGCUGCGCAGAAGCGGCUGCGCAGAAGCGCCUGCGCAGAAGCGGCUGCUCAGAAGCGGCUGCGCAGAAGCGGCUGCGCAGAAACGGCUGCGCAGAAACGGCUGCGCAGAAACGGCUGCGCAGAAACGGCUGCGCAGAAACGGCUGCGCAGCAGCGGCUGCGCAGAAGCGGCUGCGCAGAAGCGGCUGCGCAGAAGCGGCUGCGCAGAAGCGGCUGCGCAGAAGCGGCUGCGCAGAAGCGGCUGCGCAGAAACAGCUGCGCAGAUGCAGCUGCGCAGAAACAGCUGCGCAGAAACGGCUGCGCAGAAACGGCUGCGCAGAAACGGCUGCGCAGAAGCGGCUGCGCAGAAGCGGCUGCGCAGAAGCGGCUGCGCAGAAGCGGCUGCGCAGAUGCAGCUGCGCAGAAACAGCUGCGCAGAAACAGCUGCGCAGAAACAGCUGCGCAGAAACAACUGCGCAGAAGCGGCUGCGCAGAAGCGGCUGCGCAGAAGCGGCUGCGCAGAAGCGGCUGCGCAGAAGCGGCUGCGCGGAAGCGGCUGCGCGGAAGCGGCUGCGCGGAAGCGGCUGCGCGGAAACGGCUGCGCGGAAACGGCUGCGCGGAAACGGCUGCGCGGAAGCGGCUGCGCGGAAGCGGCUGCGCGGAAGCGGCUGCGCGGAAGCGGCUGCGCGGAAGCGGCUGCGCCGAAGCGGCUGCGCAGAAGCGGCUGCGCAGAAGCGGCUGCGCAGAAGCGGCUGCGCAGAAGCGGCUGCGCAGAAGCGGCUGCGCAGAAACGGCUGCGCAGAAACGGCUGCGCAGAAACGGCUGCGCAGAAACGGCUGCGCAGAAACGGCUGCGCAGAAACGGCUGCGCAGAAGCGGCUGCGCAGAAGCGGCUGCGCAGAAGCGGCUGCGCAGAAGCAGCUGCGCAGAAGCAGCUGCGCAGAAGCAGCUGCGCAGAAGCAGCUGCGCAGAAGCAGCUGCGCAGAAGCAGCUGCGCAGAAGCAGCUGCGCAGAAGCAGCUGCGCAGGAACAGCUGCGCAGGAACAGCUGCGCAGGAACAGCUGUGCAGGAACAGCUGCGCAGGAACAGCUGCGCAGGAACAGCUGCGCAGGAACAGCUGCGCAGGAACAGCUGCGCAGGAACAGCUGCGCAGGAACAGCUGCGCAGGAACAGCUGCGCAGGAACAGCUGCGCAGAAACAGCUGCGCAGGAACAGCUGCGCAGGAACAGCUGCGCAGGAACAGCUGCGCAGGAACAGCUGCGCAGGAACAGCUGCGCAGAAACUGCUGCGCAGAAACUGCUGCGCAGAAACUGCUGCGCAGAAACUGCUGCGCAGAAACAGCUGCGCAGGAACAGCUGCGCAGGAACAGCUGCGCAGGAACAGCUGCGCAGGAACAGCUGCGCAGGAACAGCUGCGCAGAAACAACUGCGCAGAAACAGCUGCGCAGGAACAGCUGCGCAGAAACAGCUGCGCAGAAACAGCUGCGCAGAAACAGCUUCGCAGAAACAGCUGCGCAGAAACAGCUGCGCAGAAACAACUGCGCAGAAACAGCUGCGCAGGAACAGCUGCGCAGGAACAGCUGCGCAGAAACAGCUGCGCAGAAACAGCUGCGCAGGAACAGCUGCGCAGGAACAGCUGCGCAGAAACAGCUGCGCAGGAACAGCUGCGCAGAAACAGCUGCGCAGAAACAGCUGCGCAGAAACAGCUGCGCAGAAACAGCUGCGCAGAAACAGCUGCGCAGAAACAGCUGCGCAGAAACAGCUGCGCAGAAACAGCUGCGCAGAAACAGCUGCGCAGGAACAGCUGCGCAGAAACAGCUGCGCAGGAACAGCUGCGCAGGAACGGCUGCGCAGAAACGGCUGCGCAGAAACGGCUGCGCAGAAACGGCAGCGCAGAAACGGCUGCGCAGAAACGGCUGCGCAGAAACGGCUGCGCAGAAGCAGCUGCGCAGAAGCAGCUGCGCAGAAGCAGCUGCGCAGAAGCAGCUGCGCAGAAGCAGCUGCGCGGAAGCAGCUGCGCGGAAGCAGCUGCGCAGAAGCAGCUGCGCAGAAGCAGCUGUGCAGAAGCAGCUGCGCAGAAACAGCUGCGCAGAAACAGCUGCGCAGGAACAGCUGCGCAGGAACAGCUGCGCAGGAACAGCUGCGCAGGAACAGCUGCGCAGGAACAGCUGCGCAGGAACAGCUGCACAGGAACAGCUGCGCAGAAACAGCUGCGCAGGAACAGCUGCGCAGAAACAGCUGCGCUGGAACAGCUGUGCAGGAACAGCUGCGCAGGAACAGCUGCGCAGGAACAGCUGCGCAGGAACAGCUGCGCAGGAACAGCUGCGCAGGAACAGCUGCGCAGAAACAGCUGCGCAGAAACAGCUGCGCAGGAACAGCUGCGCAGGAACAGCUGCGCAGGAACAGCUGCGCAGGAACAGCUGCGCAGAAACUGCUGCGCAGAAACUGCUGCGCAGAAACAGCUGCGCAGAAACAGCUGCGCAGAAACAGCUGCGCAGGAACAGCUGCGCAGGAACAGCUGCGCAGGAACAGCUGCGCAGGAACAGCUGCGCAGAAACAGCUGCGCAGGAACAGCUGCGCAGAAACAGCUGCGCAGGAACAGCUGCGCAGAAACAGCUGCGCAGGAACAGCUGCGCAGAAACAACUGCGCAGAAACAACUGCGCAGAAACAGCUGCGCAGGAACAGCUGCGCAGAAACAGCUGCGCAGAAACAGCUGCGCAGAAACAGCUUCGCAGAAACAGCUGCGCAGAAACAGCUGCGCAGGAACAGCUGCGCAGGAACAGCUGCGCAGAAACAGCUGCGCAGAAACAGCUGCGCAGGAACAGCUGCGCAGGAACAGCUGCGCAGAAACAGCUGCGCAGGAACAGCUGCGCAGAAACAGCUGCGCAGAAACAGCUGCGCAGAAACAGCUGCGCAGAAACAGCUGCGCAGAAACAGCUGCGCAGAAACAGCUGCGCAGAAACAGCUGCGCAGAAACAGCUGCGCAGGAACAGCUGCGCAGAAACAGCUGCGCAGGAACAGCUGCGCAGGAACAGCUGCGCAGGAACAGCUGCGCAGGAACAGGUGCGCAGGAACAGGUGCGCAGGAACAGGUGCGGAGGAACAGGUGCGCAGGAACAGCUGCGCAGGAACAGCUGCGCAGGAACAGGUGCGCAGGAACAGCUGCGCAGGAACAGCUGCGCAGGAACAGCUGCGCAGAAACAGCUGCGCAGAAACUGCUGCGCAGAAACUGCUGCGCAGAAACAGCUGCGCAGGAACAGCUGCGCAGGAACAGCUGCGCAGAAACUGCUGCGCAGAAACUGCUGCGCAGAAACUGCUGCGCAGAAACUGCUGCGCAGAAACAGCUGCGCAGGAACAGCUGCGCAGGAACAGCUGCGCAGGAACAGCUGCGCAGGAACAGCUGCGCAGGAACAGCUGCGCAGGAACAGCUGCGCAGAAACAGCUGCGCAGGAACAGCUGCGCAGGAACAGCUGCGCAGAAACAGCUGCGCAGAAACAGCUGCGCAGGAACAGCUGCGCAGAAACAGCUGCGCAGGAACAGCUGCGCAGGAACGGCUGCGCAGAAACGGCUGCGCAGAAACGGCUGCGCAGAAACGGCAGCGCAGAAACGGCUGCGCAGAAACGGCUGCGCAGAAACGGCUGCGCAGAAGCAGCUGCGCAGAAGCAGCUGCGCAGAAGCAGCUGCGCAGAAGCAGCUGCGCAGAAGCAGCUGCGCAGAAGCAGCUGCGCAGAAGCAGCUGCGCAGAAGCAGCUGCGCAGAAACAGCUGCGCAGAAACAGCUGCGCAGGAACAGCUGCGCAGGAACAGCUGCGCAGGAACAGCUGCGCAGGAACAGCUGCGCAGGAACAGCUGCGCAGGAACAGCUGCGCAGGAACAGCUGCGCAGAAACAGCUGCGCAGGAACAGCUGCGCAGAAACAGCUGCGCUGGAACAGCUGCGCAGGAACAGCUGCGCAGGAACAGCUGCGCAGGAACAGCUGCGCAGAAACAGCUGCGCAGAAACAGCUGCGCAGAAACAGCUGCGCAGAAACAGCUGCGCAGGAACAGCUGCGCAGGAACAGCUGCGCAGGAACAGCUGCGCAGGAACAGCUGCGCAGAAACUGCUGCGCAGAAACUGCUGCGCAGAAACAGCUGCGCAGAAACAGCUGCGCAGGAACAGCUGCGCAGGAACAGCUGCGCAGGAACAGCUGCGCAGAAACAGCUGCGCAGAAACAGCUGCGCAGAAACAGCUGCGCAGGAACAGCUGCGCAGAAACAGCUGCGCAGGAACAGCUGCGCAGAAACAACUGCGCAGAAACAACUGCGCAGAAACAGCUGCGCAGGAACAGCUGCGCAGAAACAGCUGCGCAGAAACAGCUGCGCAGAAACAGCUUCGCAGAAACAGCUGCGCAGAAACAGCUGCGCAGGAACAGCUGCGCAGGAACAGCUGCGCAGGAACAGCUGCGCAGAAACAGCUGCGCAGAAACAGCUGCGCAGGAACAGCUGCGCAGGAACAGCUGCGCAGAAACAGCUGUGCAGGAACAGCUGCGCAGAAACAGCUGCGCAGAAACAGCUGCGCAGAAACAGCUGCGCAGAAACAGCUGCGCAGAAACAGCUGCGCAGAAACAGCUGCGCAGGAACAGCUGCGCAGAAACAGCUGCGCAGGAACAGCUGCGCAGGAACAGCUGCGCAGGAACAGCUGCGCAGGAACAGGUGCGCAGGAACAGGUGCGCAGGAACAGGUGCGGAGGAACAGGUGCGCAGGAACAGCUGCGCAGGAACAGGUGCGCAGGAACAGCUGCGCAGGAACAGCUGCGCAGGAACAGCUGCGCAAGAACAGCUGCGCAGAAACUGCUGCGCAGAAACUGCUGCGCAGAAACUGCUGCGCAGAAACAGCUGCGCAGGAACAGCUGCGCAGGAACAGCUGCGCAGAAACUGCUGCGCAGAAACUGCUGCGCAGAAACUGCUGCGCAGAAACUGCUGCGCAGAAACUGCUGCGCAGAAACAGCUGCGCAGGAACAGCUGCGCAGGAACAGCUGCGCAGGAACAGCUGCGCAGGAACAGCUGCGCAGGAACAGCUGCGCAGGAACAGCUGCGCAGGAACAGCUGCGCAGAAACAGCUGCGCAGGAACAGCUGCGCAGGAACAGCUGCGCAGGAACAGCUGCGCAGAAACUGCUGCGCAGAAACUGCUGCGCAGAAACUGCUGCGCAGAAACAGCUGCGCAGAAACAGCUGCGCAGGAACAGCUGCGCAGGAACAGCUGCGCAGGAACAGCUGCGCAGGAACAGCUGCGCAGGAACAGCUGCGCAGGAACAGCUGCGCAGAAACAGCUGCGCAGGAACAGCUGCGCAGAAACAUCUGCGCAGGAACAGCUGCGCAGAAACAACUGCGCAGAAACAACUGCGCAGAAACAGCUGCGCAGAAACAGCUGCGCAGAAACAGCUUCGCAGAAACAGCUGCGCAGAAACAGCUGCGCAGAAACAGCUGCGCAGGAACAGCUGCGCAGGAACAGCUGCGCAGAAACAGCUGCGCAGAAACAGCUGCGCAGGAACAGCUGCGCAGAAACAGCUGCGCAGAAACAGCUGCGCAGGAACAGCUGCGCAGAAACAGCUGCGCAGAAACAGCUGCGCAGAAACAGCUGCGCAGAAACAGCUGCGCAGAAACAGCUUCGCAGAAACAGCUGCGCAGAAACAGCUGCGCAGGAACAGCUGCGCAGAAACAGCUGCGCAGGAGCAGCUGCGCAGGAACAGCUGCGCAGGAACAGCUGCGCAGGAACAGCUGCGCAGGAACAGCUGCGCAGGAACAGGUGCGCAGGAACAGGUGCGCAGGAACAGGUGCGGAGGAACAGGUGCGCAGGAACAGCUGCGCAGGAACAGGUGCGCAGGAGCAGGUGCGCAGGAACAGCUGCGCAGGAACAGCUGCGCAGGAACAGCUGCGCAGGAACAGGUGCGCAGGAACAGGUGCGCAGGAACAGGUGCGCAGGAACAGCUGCGCAGAAACAGCUGCGCAGAAACAGCUGCGCAGAAACAGCUGCGCAGAAACAGCUGCGCAGAAACAGCUGCGCAGAAACAGCUGCGCAGAAACAGCUGCGCAGAAACAGCUGCGCAGAAACAGCUGCGCAGAAACAGCUCCGCAGAAACAGCUGCGCAGAGACAGCUGCGCAGAGACAGCUGCGCAGAGACAUCUGCGCAGUUACAGCUGCGCAGAAACAGCUGCGCAGAAACAGCUGCGCAGAAACAGCUGCGCAGAAACAGCUGCGCAGAAACAGCUGCGCAGAAACAGCUGCGCAGAAACAGCUGCGCAGAAACAGCUGCGCAGAAACAGCUGCGCAGAAAUAGCUGCGCAGAAACAGAUGCGAAGAAACAGCUGCGCAGAAACAGCUGCGCAGAAACAGCUGCGCAGAAACAGCGGCGCAGAAACAGCGGCGCAGAAACAGCGGCGCAGAAACAGCUGCGCAGGAACAGCUGCGCAGGAACAGCUGCGCAGAAACAGCUGCGCAGAAACAGCUGCGCAGGAACAGCUGCGCAGAAACAGCUGCGCAGAAACAGCUGCGCAGAAACAGCUGCGCAGAAACAGCUACGCAGGAACAGCUGCGCAGGAACAGCUGCGCAGAAACAGCUGCGCAGAAACAGCUGCGCAGAAACAGCUGCGCAGAAACAGCUUCGCAGAAACAGCUGCGCAGGAACUGCUGCGCAGGAACAGCUGUGCAGGAGCAGCUGCGCAGGAACAGCUGCGCAGGAACAGCUGCGCAGGAACAGCUGCGCAGGAACAGCUGCGCAGGAACAGCUGCGCAGGAACAGCUGCGCAGGAACAGGUGCGCAGGAACAGGUGCGCAGGAACAGCUGCGCAGGAACAGCUGCGCAGGAACAGGUGCGCACGAACAGCUGCGCAGGAACAGGUGCGCAGGAACAGGUGCGCAGGAACAGGUGCGCAGGAACAGCUGCGCAGGAACAGGUGCGCAGGAACAGCUGCGCAGGAACAGCUGCGCAGGGACAGCUGCGCAGGAACAGGUGCGCAGGAACAGGUGCGCAGGAACAGCUGCGCAGUAACAGCUGCGCAGAAACAGCUGCGCAGAAACAGCCGCGCAGAAACAGCUGCGCAGAAACAGCUGCGCAGAAACAGCUGCGCAGAAACAGCUGCGCAGAAACAGCUGCGCAGAGACAGCUGCGCAGAGACAGCUGUGCAGAGACAGCUGCGCAGAGACAGCUGCGCAGAGACAGCUGCGCAGAAACAGCUGCGCAGAAACAGCUGCGCAGAAACAGCUGCGCAGAAACAGCUGCGCAGAAACAGCUGCGCAGAAACAGCUGCGCAGAAACAGCUGCGCAGAAACAGCUGCGCAGAAACAGCGGCGCAGAAACACUCUAUAGCCUCCGGUUACAGGAGCGUACCUCCAUGUUCAAUGUUUUUUGGGCAGUUGAACAUCUGCGCGGAGACGGCUGCGCAGAAGCGGCUGCGCGGAAGCGGCUGCGCGGAAACGGCUGCGCGGAAACGGCUGCGCGGAAACGGCUGCGCGGAAACGGCUGCGCGGGAACGGCUGCGCGGGAACGGCUGCGCGGGAACAGGUGCGCGGGAACAGGUGCGCGGGAACAGGUGCGCGGGAACAGCUGCGCAGGAACAGCUGCGCAGGAACAGGUGCGCAGGAACAGGUGCGCAGGAACAGGUGCGCAGGUACAGGUGCGCAGGAACAGGUUCGCAGGAACAGGUGCGCAGGAACAGCUGCGCAGGAACAGCUGCGCAGGAACAGGUGCGCAGGAACAGCUGCGCAGGAACAGCUGCGCAGGAACAGCUGCGCAGGAACAGCUGCGCAGGAACAGCUGCGCAGAAACAGCUGCGCAGAAACAGCUGCGCAGAAACAGCCGCGCAGAAACAGCCUCGCAGAAACAGCCUCGCAGAAACAGCCGCGCAGAAUCAGCCGCGCAGAAACAGCCGCGCAGGAACAGCCGCGCAGGAACAGCCGCGCAGGAACAGCUGCACAGGAACAGCUGCGCAGGAACAGCUGCGCAGGAACAGCUGCGCAGGAACAGCUGCGCAGGAACAGCUGCGCAGGAACAGCUGCGCAGAAACAGCGGCGCAGAAACAGCGGCGCAGAAACACUCUAUAG